GAGAGGCAAAUAAUUCGCCUCUGAUUAGAAAUCCUUGGAAAAGGGUCGGACGGGGCACAGUUAUCAAAUUGCUUUAUUGUUCGGCUGCAGUAAAAGACACAGUGGGUCUUUGCUGAAGUUGCAAAGUUAAAUGGUUAAGUGGACGAUUUGAACCGAGCAGCAGGAUGUCUGAGUUCAGUGAGGAGCCGCGCUUCACAAUUGAGCAGAUAGAUCUGCUGCAGCGGCUGCGACGCACCGGCAUGACCAAGCAGGAGAUCCUGCAUGCGCUUGACACUCUGGACCGGCUGGACCGGGAGCACGGCGACAAGUUCGGCCGCCGCACCUCUUCUUCCUCCUCCUCCUCGUCCUCCUACGGAGUAGGCGGGGCAAACAGCUGCACCAACAACUCUGCCUCUAAUACAACUACCACAUCAUUCAACAAUAACAACACUGCCUCGGCAACCACCACCUCUUCCGUGUCAUGCAACGGCAACAACAGCGCCAUCAACAGCGGCGAGGGAAGCGCUGGCGACCACUCUGCAGCCGCCGCCUCUUCUACAACCUCCAAAAUCUCUACCGCCACACAAACGCAGUUCGGCAGCAGCGGGGGGCUCUCGCCAUCUCCUAGCAACAGCUACGACACCUCCCCACCUCCAGGGCCGCCACCGCCCUCUGCUAUCCUGCCAUCACCAGUCUCCUUGGUGGCACUGUCACAGAAUGGGCGCGAUAGCUUAGCUGCUACACCCAACGGGAAGCUGUCUCCUCCACGAUAUCCAGUGAACAGCGCCGCUGCAGCACGGGCCUUUGGGUUUGAAGCUACAGAAGAAGACCUGGACAUUGACGACAAGGUGGAGGAACUCAUGAGGAGGGACAGCAGCAUGGUGAAGGAGGAGAUCAAAGCGUUCCUGGGGAACAGGAGGAUCUCUCAGGCAGUAGUGGCACAAGUUACAGGCAUCAGCCAGAGCAGGAUCUCCCAUUGGCUGCUGCAGCAUGGCUCUGACUUGAGUGAGCAGAAGAAGAGGGCCUUCUACCGCUGGUACACGCUGGAGAAAACCACACCAGGUGCCACCCUUAACAUGCGGCCGGCUCCGUUGCCUCUGGAGGAGAUGGAGUGGAGGCAAACUCCGCCCCCCCUCACCACUGCCCCUGGUACCUUCCGUCUGCGUCGGGGAAGUCGCUUCACUUGGAGGAAAGAGUGUCUGGCCGUGAUGGAGAGCUACUUCAACGACAACCAGUACCCUGAUGAGGCCAAACGGGAAGAGAUUGCAAACGCCUGCAAUGCUGUUAUUCAGAAACCAGGGAAGAAGCUGUCUGAUCUGGAGAGGGUCACCUCCCUGAAAGUUUACAACUGGUUCGCCAAUCGUCGCAAAGAAAUCAAGAGACGGGCUAACAUUGAAGCCACAAUCCUGGAGAGUCAUGGGAUAGACGUCCAGAGUCCCGGGGGACACUCCAACAGCGACGACAUCGAUGGGAAUGACUUCUCAGAGCAGGCCUGUGACCUGCCUUAUUUUGACAAGAGACCUCUCAGCCGACCGUUUGGCCUUUACCGACUGGAGCCGACCUCACCGACACAGGAUGACAGCGCAGCGCACAGCGAGCACCAGGACCCCAUCUCUCUCGCUGUGGAGAUGGCCGCCGUCAACCACACCAUCCUGGCCCUGUCCAGAACCGGAGGGGUCCCCAACGACAUCAAGACGGAGUCCCUGGAGGACGAAUGAACCGCACGGGAGCUGGGAUGGAGGGAGCAGCCGAGAGAAAUGACAGAGUCAAGAGGAGAAAGGGAAGGAGGAGUAGAAAAGAUGGAUGGGGGAGGGGGGCUAAAAAAAAAAAGAGACUAAAAUAAUGCUACUUAGUAAACCUUCUGAAUCUGUCCCUCAAUCAGCCCCCCCCCUCCCUGCUAACCGUUUCUUCUCUCUCAGCUUCCCUCCUCCCACAGAGUCCAUGUAAACAGUAAUUACCCACAACCCCCACCCCCCUCCCACCCUCCCUGAUAUAUUGACACAGCUUGCGGAGACGGGUCACUGUAUGUCCUCUGAUCUCUGUGAAAAUGUUCACACACACGGAAAGACGAAAAGGGGGGCAACCCAGGCCUUUAACACACCCCAAAACGGUGGCUCUCGUCUGGGAUUGCGUCUCCCAAGAACUCCCCUCUCUCCCCUCAGUACUCUCUCUCCUCACAGGAUACCUCUUCUCUUUCCUCUCCUCUUCCUUACUCCCCCUCUCCUCCCCUCUCCAGCCUGGUCGUCUGAGCCGAUCCUCAGUCUUUCUCACCUCAACGUCAACCUCAGAAAAAUAACGUGUACUGUAUAUAUAAUAUAUAUAUAUAUGGUUCUUAUGGUUCUCAGUCACACUCACCUCAUGGUGUGGUACCUACCUAACUACCCCUCAAAUUUCAACCCUCUUCAUUGUGCAAUUCCUUGAAAGAGCAGCCUCCUGCCGUCGUCUCGGAAAAGAUGGAUGGAGAGAGGGGUGUCCUCUCUCUCUUCCUCCGGCACUGAGGCUGUCAGAAAGGAUCAUAUCGGCAGACAGAACUAUCCAGUCACUGUCUUCACCCUCUAUAGCUAAUAACAUUCCUCAGUGGAACGGCUUUUUGUUUUCCUGCAGUCGAGCUGCUGUUGGAUGAAAACCUCUUUAAAACAAAGAGUAGCCUUAAUUUCAUACAGACAGCCACACCUUUACUUUUUCUUGCCAUAUACAGCAGGUUUUCAGAGUUUAUUUCCUGACAAGGAAAAACAAUAAGCUUUUUAGUAUGCAUAAAAAAAAAGAAAAUACCAGAAAUAAUGUUAUGGUUUAUAUCCAGCAGCAGCCGUGAUUUAACUUCUUUCACUUUGCAUUUCCCUCUUUAUGUUCUUAGCCCAAAUGGCGACUGGAUAUACAAUCAUUUUUGCCUUGGUAUUUAGCUUCCCGGUGACACUAUUGUGAAUUGUAUUCGAGUCUAUGAGAAUCAGUUUUAGGGUCAAUGUGAUAAUCAAGCAAACUUAAGCUAUCUAAUAAGGGGAACUGUGCUUUGUUUUCAAACGUCAUCCAUGCCAAAGGAAAAGAUGCUCUGAGCUAAAAAGCUAAGAGGCUAAGCUACGGCUGAUCUGAAAAUGGUGUUCACAUUCAUCCAAAGCAAUUUCUACUAACUCCUUUGGCGUGUGUAGUUGUUUUCUCAUGUUCAGCGAAGCCUCUCAAGCCAGUGCGGCGCCGUGUGUGGGCUUGACACUACAGCAGGCCUGUGUCAGUAAAGAUAGGUAUUAGCAGCCAGACAUAAAAUACCCCUAAGCUAUUUACUACUACUUGUUCUGUGACGCUGCCUCUUUAUAAUAGCCUAAAGAAUGUGCUUUCAGAAGAUUUUAGAUUUAAUAUCAGUGAUAUCAAAUUAGACUAAAUUCACACUGGAAAGGGUUUAGAAUAUAUCAGAAUAAUUUCUGAGGCGUUUUUUUUUUUUUUUUUUUUAAUUACAUCUGUAAAGCCUCAAAGGUCAAAGCACCACCUCGAAGGGAAUCAGAAUCAAAGACACUUAAAGUGGUGAUAUGGGAAAUUUAUCCACUAUAUAUUUCUUUUUUUUUUUUUUUGCGCCCAGGAUGGAAAUUUUCCUAAACUAAUCACUAAUUGUCAGGCAUUAGCACUUUGUCAGUCUAAGACUGAUAUCUUCAAAUUUUACUUUAGGCUGAAAAAGAUGAAAUAAUAGUUUGAAUAUUUGGGGAAAUAUAUAUAUUUGCCUUUUUUCCAAGCAUUAAAUGAAGAUUAAUACGCAUAUCUGUACGCUGAAUCUGAAGCUAGAGCCAGGAGGUUGUUAGCUUAGCACAAUGGUUCUGUCCACAGGUAAAAUAAUUAACUAGCACCUGUAAAGUUCACUAACUAACAUGCUGUGUUUUGUUUUAUUAAAGCUGUACAAAAAGAAACAAAGUGCAAAAAUAACAAAUUAUGAUUUCACGGGUGCUUAUAUGCUAAAAAUGUUUCUUUUGGCUCUGAGACUUCCUGUGCAAGUUUUAUACUGUUACACAAAAUGCACUGUGUUAAUUAAUGAACUUGUGAGGUGCUAGUAAGCAGACACCUGUGGACAGAGUCAGGUUUGGUGUUUUCUCUUGAUGCUAAACUAAGCUGUCCCUGGGGUCUAGCUUCACAUCUAACUCACAGCACUCAACCCCUCAUUUUUUUUUUCUAUGGAUUAAACAUACAAAGUGAUUAUUUAUGAGCUGUAGAAGUGGUGGAAGGUGGAUUUUCUUUUUACCUUUGGACAGACAUUCCCUAAAUGUCAAACUAUUUCUUUCAAAGAAGCCCUGCCUUAGUGAUGGUUUUGGAGAAUUGGGAAAAUAUUCUACAAAGCAGAAUCAAAGCAGUGAACCUGGAACCUAAUGCAGGUCCUCGUGUGUUAAACUGUCACACACACACACUGGCAACAUAUCACAUGAUCUGGUAUCUGGAUCCUGAUAGCAGAAUAGAUUCCAGCCCCGGGCUCUAGUCUAGUAAAACUCUAUUUAAUUCUACUGCUUCCGGAUUUUACGAAGCCGCAAUACAGUGACUCAGUACUGAGGCCUGUGUUUCUAAAAGAAAGGGUUGAAAGAUAAAAAAACAAUAUGUAUUUAUACUCAUUUUUUAAAUGCUAAUGUACAAAAAAAGAAUGACAUAUGUUUUAAAAUGAAACAUGCUUGUAUUGUUAAUCCAGCUUUUUAAUUUCUCCAUGACUUAUUUUUCAAUUAUCAUUUAAACAAUUUUUUAAUUUUUUUUUUGUGUCACCUUUUAUUUGACUGAACAACAGUCUCCCCGUUUGUGUCUGAGCUGGUAAGCUAUUGUGUGAGAGACGAAAAUGAUGCACCUUAUGAAAAUUAAGUAUCGCUGUUGACUAAGCUUGAAAUGUGACCUUCCCUCCCGCCGAGCCUUCCAUUGAAAAGACAAACGUCCAAUAUAUAAUAAAAGGGGCUGGUGCGAAGAAAAUUUUUUUUUUAGGACCGCUGCUUCUGACACCUUUAUCAUAUGAAAUCAAAGCCCCAGUAUGUGCUAUCCUCGCUUUUAAACGUCACACCAAACUUCAUAGUGAAAUCUAGUAUUUUAGCACAGAUUUCUGUUUUGCAAACACAAGUGCAUAAUUCAUAGAAUGUGGCUUAGAGAAACAUUUCUGAUUACACUCAUUAUCACUAGAUACUGAUUCCAUUUAGCUUUGUAUGCAAAUAUAAUGCAGAGUUCCAUUGUGUUCCAUUGCCCUACUAUUGAAGUGUUUGGGAACACAAUAAAACUGUUUGGAUUUCACAGUUUGGUGAAAUGUGUUAUAUGUCUGGAACUGUUACAGAAACAGAACAGAGGGCUAAUUCACUGUGGGUUUGGCCACUGACACUGAAAACUAAAUUUGAAUGAGGUGAACUCUUUACUAAUUGAUUCACACUACUCACUUGCCAAACAUCAAGUGUAUGUUGUUAAAACACUAUUACUGUUUCUACUUGAAGGAUUUUUUUUUUUUCCUAUGGAGUUUGGUGCGAUGUUCUCUCCCCACACAAAGAAUAUUGUCAGUUAGAAACAGUGAAAUAAGUCGUGCGUGGAAGGAAAAGACAACAAAGAGUGCGUUUAGAGAUUAUUCUCUCAGCAUGAGACACUUUUAAACGAAUUGCCUUCGUGUUUGAGAAGAGAUUCCAUGGCCCAAUUAGCGAGUACAAGUUUUAAUCCAGCAGUAUUUUAUCUGAGAGUUCAAGCUCGACAGAAAUGUUGACAGGAUGAAAGAAAGAACCCUCAGGUGCGAGUAAAGAUGCUGUGGUUUUCCAGGAGAAAACUGGAAACAGAAAAAAACAAACAAACAAACCCAGACUGAAACCUGAAAACGGGUUUCCCCCAGCCCGAUGGUGUGCAUACUCCAUUGAUGGUGCUUACUCUGAAGGGGUGUCCUCUUGUGGUGUGUCAGGGUCAACAUGUCUACAUGUCCUUCUGUGUCCCCCUGUGAAACACCAUCCACUUCAUCCCAGUAUAGCUCUGAAAAUGAGGACUGAAUGCUGUUGUAUCAAUCUCCAAUCUAGUUAUGUUCAAAAUUACUGUAUUGCCCAUUUCAGAAUUUAGUGCCUUUUUUGGACAGUAGACUGUUCUGUAAUUAAGAUGUAGUAUAUAUACAUUUUUUGUACAGUUUCUUUGUUCAUUUUUUUAACUUGUGUUUAUUUUAGUAUGAUAUAUAUAAUGUACAAGAGAAUAAAGCUAUAUCA